AUGCCCCUCUCCGAGGCAUUGCAGGCACAGGGAGUGCCCAUCGGUAUCCGGGUAGGUGUUAGGGCACUUGGAGCAGCGCUUAAAGGAGGUAGUAGCCAUCACGCUGAAGCACGAAAACAAGCAGACCCAUUGACAGCCUUGUCCCAGGAAGGGGGUGUUUUGCAACCCUCGCAACUUGGGCUUGCUUCUAACCACGGUCCUUUCUUGCGUUUGCAGUUUGGAGCAGACACACAGCAGAGCAAGGUGGCCCCCAGCUCUGCCGCUGCCCGGCCAGCCCUCUCCCUGCGCGGGGAACAGGGUUCCCGGCCAGAGGUCUUCCUGGACCUGGUGGAGCGCCUCACGGUGAUCAUUGCGGCCAAUGGAACACCCAUGAAAGUCGACAUCCAAGGAGAGAUCCGGCUCAAGAGUUUCUUCCCGAACUGCUCCGAGAUGCGGGUGGGCCUCUCGGAGGAGUUCUGCGUGGGCAAGAUGGAGCUCCGGGGCUACGGUACGGCGGUCCGAGUGGACGAGUGCUCCUUCCACAGCUCCGUGAGGCUGGAUGAGUUUGAGCGCAGCCGCGUCCUGAGGGUGACCCCCAGCCAAGGGGAGCUGACCCUGAUGCAGUACCAGCUGGCUGACCACUGCCCCACCGCCCUGCCCUUCCACCUCUUCCCCACCGUCCACCACGACCUUCCCAGUGGCCGGGUGCAAGUCUACCUCAAGCUCCGCUGUGACCUGCCACCCAAGAGCCAUGCUGUCAACGUCCAUGUCCACCUCCCGGUCCCCAAAGCAGUGCUGAGCCUCUCCCAGGAACUGAGCAGCCCUGAGCAGACGGCCGCCCUGCAGACCAGCACCAAGUCCGUCGAGUGGGUCGUGCCCCGCAUCCAGGGGGGCUCCCAGCUCUCUGCCCUCUUUAAGCUGGAAGUGCCCGGCCUGAGCCGCGGAGGCCUGCGGGAGCUGGGCCCGGCCAACCUGUCCUUCGAGGUGCCGGCCUUUGCCUGCUCGGGGCUGCAGAUCCGCUUCCUGCGCUUCGUGGGGCCCCAGAGCAGCCUCCCCCACCGCUGGGUGCGCUACGUGACCCACAGCGAUGCCUACGCCAUACGCCUCAACGCGGGGUCAUAGCAGCCACCGGGACAGAGAAGGACAAGCCCGCAGGUGCUUGGCACAAAACAACUUUAUCCCAACAGGAGUCAACAAGCAGAGCCAGGAAAACAGCCCAGAACUCUGCAAAUAAGUGCAACGGAAACAGUCCCACAAUGGCCCCCUCCAACCUUCCUUCUGAGGGAAGUGGCCUGGGAGAAAGAGCAAGCGACGCUCAACUUCAGCCUCACAAACUGGCCCCGAGGCACAAGGCACUGACCGAUGGGGACAACACAGUCUCAGUCGUUCUGCAAAGAAGAGAGAGACCUCAAUGGACACAAUGCCCUUUCCCGGACUUAGCAAAAGGUCUGCAUUUAGCUCACCCCCAACACAGGCUUCUCGUGUACAGUGUUCCCUCACUUAGUGCGGGGGGUUAAU